GCCCAGUUUUCUGCCGGAACUUUGCUGGAAGCCACACGGACGGUUCAAGUGGUUGCACCAUAACAGGAAGUCAAUGCCAUGUUUUGCCAUCUGCACGUCAGCGACUCAAGCACGGUCGGGUAAUGUAAUUUAAAAGGAUGGACCAAAGUGAUUUCACGUCGGGAGGCGACACGGGGAUUGACUGGGGUGGAACCGCCGCUGGAAACGCAAAUUUCUUGGCGACGGCGAGACCUCUUUUGACCGGCGUCCACACGGGGCUGCCUCUUCCCGCGGCCGAGCCCCUGCGGACGACCCUCGCCGAAGGAGAGUACGAGUACUUCCAUUAUGGCUGCGAUGGACAAGAUGACAGAGGGUGGGGGUGCGGAUACCGCACCAUCCAGACUAUGGCUUCCUGGCUGGGCCGCAAUGUGGAUAAUGAUCCUCGACUCCAUAACAGACCACCGCCGAGAAUCCCAGAGAUCCAACAAGCCUUGGUGUCCAUGAUGGACAAGCCCAGCUGGUUUCUGGGUUCCAAGGAGUGGAUCGGGACAUUUGAAGCCUCUCUGGUCCUAUCUUAUUUUUACGAUGUUCCUUGUAGGUUGGUGCACGUCAGAAGUGGAAGAGGCGAGCUGGAGAAGGUCGCCGUGGAGGAGCUCCAUCAGCACUUUGAGAAAGGCGGAUGUCCUGCCAUGAUGGGCGGGGACGAGGACAACUCGUCCAAGGGGAUCGUGGGGGUGUGCACCGCUGCCACCGGGAGCUACCUGUUGAUCGUCGACCCCCACUACUACGGUGGUCAUCUGGAGAAGGGCGAGGCACAAACAAGAGGAUGGGCAGCGUGGAAAAGUUUGGCGUCUUUCAAUUGGUCUUCCUUUUAUAAUCUCUGUUUGCCACAGACUGAUGGCAAAACAAAAGAAAAAAAAAAAAGGCACUUCUGAUGUCGUGACCUCCUAAUCAUGGAAGCUAACAUUGCUUUUGUCAGUUGUCUUGUUCAGCUGGACUCCAAAUGCAAGGUUGAAAAGAUAGUUGACAUGAAGAAAUGCCAUAUAAACUUAAUAAAAAGAAAGCACUC